CAGUCCAGUCAGUCACCAUCAGGCUCUGCUGCAGUCGAGUAGAGGUUCAGUUCAGAGCUGAGCGGGCGGACGCGGGCCUGCUCAGAGGAGCUGCAGCUGCACUACGCACCCAAACGUGUCCGAUCGCUGAGUCCAUGAGUUAGUCGGAUCAUCGAACGAACUCAACCGAGCAGCUACAAGCACACCGUGACCAUGUCGCCGGCCCUGGAGCAGCUGCUGCCGGACGACGUGCUGCUGGAGGUGAUGCAGUACCUGUCCGUGGACGACGUCUUCGCCUGCCGCCUCGUGUGCAAGAGGCUGGAGGGCCUGGCCAGGCACCCCAACGUGUGGCGCCACCGCCGGAUCGUCGAGAAGCACUGCUUGUGCCCGGUGCUGCGCCUGGCGCCGUGCCUGGAGGCGCUGGAGUGGUGCAAGCAACGUUCAUGCGAGUCCUCAUUCUCAGCGUUGGAGACCACCAAGUGUGCCGUGACAUCUCUUACCCUUGCCUUACCGACAUACUCAGGGUACAGUAAUUACGACCAUCGUCCGAUUCGCACGUAUGCGGGGUUGGAGAUUUUCACCCAAGCGGUGCGCAACCAGGCGGCGAUUGGACAUCUGAAGCACGUGGCCGUGCAGUCUAGGCCGCUCCUUGAUGUCGUCAUGGAGGGAAGCAUUGGAUAUGUAUUAUUACAAGGUGGUGACGCGUUCUGUAACCUGUUGGCGCAGUGCCCUUGCCUGCUGUCAGUUCGUUUCCUGCUCUGCGUUCCUGCUCUGACCCGUCCUUUGGAGAGCGGGCCGCCCGCGCCUUCCCUGGUGGUUUUCGAGUGCCCUCUCGCUUUCAACUCCGAUUCCUUCUUGAUGACCAUGCUGGCGGGGCACGCGGCCACGCUGGAGGUGGUUAAUAUUUCCCCUGGCCUCAUUAUCGAUGGUGAUCUGCUUGAACAUCCCAAUGUGUCUAAGUUGAGUGAGAUACUGGCCAGCAUGCCCAGACUUCGAAGUCUGAAGUGCUCUAGUCUACCUAGGCUCGAGACUUUGGCAGCGAGUAAGACACUAAGAGACGUGGGCUUUUAUGAGAGUGGUGUGUACGGACUCCAGGGUGAAAUUGUGAAAUUCCUUCGUGGCGGCAAGGAGCUUCGCGCGCUGUCCGUGACCGGUCACUACCGCUUCGACUACGUGGGCAUGCUUGACGCAGUCCUGGCCUCCUCCGGACGGUCACUAGAGCACCUGUCCCUUGGCGAUCUCCAAGAUGUGCAUCAGCCCCUGGUCGAGGCACUGCCCCGCCUGCCCGCCCUGCGUCAGCUGAACUUGUUGCAAUUGUAUGAUUUGGUUCGACUCGACGGACUGCUGCUGGGCAUCACGCCCCUCACGGCCCCAAACCUGCGGAGGCUCGAGCUGGAAACCUCCGACUGGGAACCGUGCGCCCACCACUGGCUGCACGGUGACGCUGUGAGGGCGGUCUUCUCGGCCAACCCCGCGCUCCACAUUCACCUUUGGAAAGCAUCGCAUUGCAAUCCUUACGCUGUUGAAGACCGCUGCGGAGCCUGUGCCUCGGUCUGCCACCUGGAGGCCGGAUGGAAUUUCCUCGGCCGCCUCGUCCUCUUCGCGCAUGAGCCUGGCAAGUGUCCCGCCCCAGAGGACCACACUGCAGACAGCAAGUGGAGGAGCGUCCACAUGCCGUGCUCAUCCGCCUGACUUCAGAAGUUUACUCUUUCUGCCUGCCCAUUGUUGUCUUAUUUGCUAAUGUCAAGUAAAUUAUUGGGCAUGCAUGGACUUUUGUCAACAACAUUUAACUGCACUUGUUAAGAAGCUUUGCUUUUCUUUUUUUUCAUUAAAGAAAAACAAAAUGUUAAAUUUUAGUAACAAAAGUGAUUUUGCUAUAACGUUAACAGAGAGACAUGGUGCACAAUUAUGUUACAUUUUUAGUUCUUUUCUCUUAUGUCUCUUGAAUGUAGGUUUAUUCUGUGUUGUCUGAUUAUGUAACUAUAUAUAUGUGUUGUUCUCAUUUACUCUGCCUCGAGCUCUGCCUUUUGUAUUUCUUCAUAUUUAAGGGUUUUUCAUUGCUUAUUGUGUUACCCUCCACUGCUAAUAUUAAGAAAUUGCCAUGUGUUCAGAACAUUGUUAUUAUUUUUUAUUAACAGUAACUUGUCUGUUUCCUUGUGGUCACUACCAUUCCUCUACGGCGGACCACACAAGUCUACAGGUGAACAAUCUGUGGUACUGCGCCAAAGUCUGAAUAAUGGCACAAACCUGCGUCAAAGUUUUUGUCACAUGCUCUUACAGCUUUAUGCUCGAGUGUCAGUUAACUUCUAUUGUGUUGUUCACAUAUACUGUUGAAUAAAUUGUGUGCAAUAAUGCA